GAGCCCUUGAUCCAGCACCCGAAAUACUCAAGAGAGCGCAUAUGCAGAAACCAAUCCAUGCCUUCCCCCAGUCUAAGACUGAUUGACUCGUCCUCCGGCUUAUGAAUCAAGUUCCAAACCUGGAAAGCAUGCCGGCUUCCCAUUGACUGCUAGAUGGCGUCACUACAUCCGUCUCUAAUCUUUCUCUAAGCUCGACCUAUUCCGAGAUUAUUUAUAGGCGAGUAUAAGGGAAAUAGAGCAGAACUAGAGAAAGACUGGAGACGGAUGUAGUGGCGCUAUCUGGGAGUUGAGGGAUAGAGGGUGUCUUUAGGGAUAAGCGCUCGUUGGCUUGAGUGUGGGUCGCUGGCAUUCACCACAGCCUGUCGAAACCAUCGUCGGCGACUUACAAGAAUUAUCCACGAAGCUAUCUGGGCCAGGCCCCGGACUUAGGACAGGAAACGACAAAGACUUGUGUGAAUUGGCUGCUGAAUGCAAGACACUGGCCGUGGACCUAAAAACGACUGCUCGACCGAAUCAAACCGAAGGUCAAAGGUUCUAACUUCUAAAUGGGAUUCCUUUGUCUCGGCCCUCAAGAAUGAGAGAUUUUCCGGCGAUAAAGAAGAGCUUAGAGUACGGCUCGAAGCAUGUCGCGGACAGUUGCACUUCAAGCUCAAUUACGUCACGAGUCGGGAUACCCAAGACAAGUUAAAGGACAUUAUAGACUUGUCAACGAGCAGCAACACUCGCCUUGAGGACCUCCAGGCGUCCGUUGAGCAGAUCAGAAGUAGCAUCCAAGCUCCUGGACUUGAUGAAGCGAUUAAGGGUAGCCUCAACAGUUUACUCGAUAUACCGGAGGACAAGCUUGAUGCCGUGGCCCAAGAGCGCGUGCUCAAUGGAUUAAAAUUUGUUGAAAUGAACCAUAGGUUCGACCAAGUCUCCGAAGCCCACGCCGAGACCUUCAAAUGGAUGUUCUCCGAUGAAGAAGACGAAAAAGACUUUUCUAUAGAAGAGGAGAAGGAACAACACGACGAGGGGAGGCGAGAGACCAGGAGAAGAUUUCUAGACUGGCUUUCCACCGGAAGUGGAGUGUUUCGCUUUUCUGCCAAGCUUGGUGCAGGAGAAUCAACACUGAUGGAGCUCAUCAUAAACAAUCCGCAUGUUCAAGACAAGUUACAGCAAUGGGCUGGUGAUUCAAGACAGCUCGUUCUCGCUACGCACUUCUUCUGGCAGCCUGGCAAUUCUUACCUUCAGAAAUCUUUCGACGGCAUGUGCCGAGCCUUACUUUAUGGUGCAAUUGUUGGCCGACCCGAGUUGACACGUCUACUUUCCCUAUCUCACUGGAAUUCUGCAUGGUCAGCUCCUUGGAAAGCAAGCAAAGAGCUUAUAAUUCAUCAUACAGAAGUUCGAGAAGCACUCAAACUCCUAGUUUAUCAUACUAAGGUGAAUGGGAGUUUUCGCUUUUGCUUCUUCAUCGACGGCCUGGAUGAGAUGGAGGAGUCUACGGAUUUCCAGCAUCGCCAUUUGGCAGAGACUCUGAAGGAAUGGUCAAGGCACAGCUCUGCGAACAUCAAAUUCUGUGUCUCGAGUCGAGAAUACAACAUCUUUCUCCAUAUUUCCCGCAAGAGCAGAGGAUCUGUUUGCACGACUUGACAAAAAGAGACAUGGAAAAAUACGUGAAAGAUGAGUUGACUGGAUGCGUUCGAAAUUACGGCACCCCUGAAAUCAUUAUUGAUUCAAUUGUCAAGCCUCUUGUGGACUCAAUCGUUGACAGGGCUCAGGGAAUAUUCCUCUGGGUUAAAUUGGUUGUCAAUGACCUGUGUAAUCAGAUGGAGAAC